UGCUCUCGAGCUGGCCCCAAGGAGCGAGGUUCCACCAUUUGGUUCCUGGCUACCGACGAGUGAAGCAGCAGUCGAGCAUGCUCCCCAAGCGCCCUGUCAGCUUUGAGCUGGCCUCGAGCAGGCCCCCGGCGCCUAGGGGCACGGCAACUUGCCGUGCCAUGCUGAAUGAACCAGCCGCCCCUGUGGCGGAAUGGGCCCCUCCGGCGGCAGAAAGGGCCCCCCCUGCGGCUACCCACGAGGAGCCCGCCCACGAGGAGCCCGCCCCCAAGGAGGGGCGUCACGUCACAUUUGAUCCAAGUCUGCCUGACGACGACGACGAACGAGCACAAAGAGGGCGGCCCCGUCGAAGAAGGAGUAGGCGGGUGAGAGAGCUAAUAAGGAGGCUAAAAGCUAGACUUCUGCAGCUGCAGUUUGCCGCGGUGAUGCAAUCCAUCAGGGACAGAGUCCGGCAAACACUCAUCGUGCAAGCCCUGCUCUUUAUCUUCGCCUUCGACGGGGAAGUGGUGCACUUGAGGGCCGAUGAUGAUGACGUGCUUGACUUAGGGCCGGAGGACAUGGAGCCACUGACGAAGACGUAUGGCAAAAUCGUGAUGUUCGUCGUGGGCAUCGCGUGGGCAGUCAUGGCCCUCGCAUGGAUUUCACCCUACAAAAUCUGCCUACACCCUCCCAAGUGCGCCUUGCCAUCCUGUAGGGAAGUCCAGGAGUGGUUAGAAUCCAACAAGACCAUCUACGCCGCCAUUGACCCUGAAUGCCCCGUGGACUGGCUCGAACGGUUCCCGCCAAGAAAGACGCACCCACCGACAUCACCGACACCAGAGCACCCGCCUACAUCACCGAUACCAGGCGACUCCGAAGAGCAGUGCACAUCGGUGAUGACGGUGAGCCCUACGGAAGGCUCCUCCACCAGGGCCACAACUUCCCCAAGGACAACCAGCACUACAGCAGUACCUGUGAGCACAACAACUCCAUCGACACGACGGCCAGCGACGACAGCUGUGGCUCCAAAGCCAGUUCCGCUGACAACAAGCAGGCCGCCAUCACCACCCUCUCCGCCGACAACAAGCAGGCCGCUACCGCCACCCUCAGCGCCUACAACAACCGGGCUGCCACCACCGCUCCCUGCGCCGACAACCAACUGGCCACCGACAACAAGCCGGCCGUCGACAACCAGCAGGCCACCGCCACCGCCUACAACACCUACAACAACCGGGCUGCCACCACAGCUGCCACCGCCGACAACCAGCAGCUCGUCACCACCGUCCACUUCGCCGAUAACCAACACGCCACCGACAACAAGCUGGCCGCCGACAACCAGCAGGCCACCGCCACCGCCCACUUCGCCGACAACCAGCAGGCCACCGCCACCGCCCACUCCGCUGACAACGCCAAGGACAUCGUCACCCCAGACCUUACUACCGAGCACAAGCCCGUCGACAUCUCCGCCAGGAAAGUCGGAAAAACUCUUGAUCUGCAUCGCGGGCCAAUCCCUUCGUGAUGAUACUCUUCCCCCCGACGGAAUGUGUAGUGUUCUUGCAUUUGGAAUAUUGACCAUUAGUGCAACGGGAGGUUCAUUCGAGGAUUCGCACAACACCAAGGCUUUUGAAUUUCUUUUGGACAAAAUCGAAAAGGGGGCCUUCAAGAAAACUAAAUCAGGACUUGCUAUUGACAGUGCAAUGGAGGGCUCCUAUAGUGACGCUGACAACAUCAAGUUUUUGACCCGCUACACCGACGUCGGGAUGACAUACAUAGGGCUUGUCCAUGUGGCGAAUUUCACCAGCUUUUUGAGUGGCAGUAAGGACUUCAUCAAGGUUACAUCAAACUACUUCGACAAUCUGGCGAAGAAGAAAGGGAUAACACCGCUGUCGUAUUUCGUUGGUCUCCUACCAAGUUCGACUAAACCUUCUGCAUGGGUGCAGGUAGCAAUGCAAAUCGAAGAUGAGAUGAAUCGGAAGGUCAUCUUCGUCCUCGAGACAUAUGAGACUGCAGCAGGCGUGGGGUCAAAAUGCUUUGUCGGAGGCACGGCCUGGCUCUUGCCAAAUGACUGUGGGAGGCCUAGUCUGAAAGCAUGGCUGGACCACGAAAAUCAAGCACAAUUCAAGCAUGACUCGUUUUCAAUGCCAGCAGUCAGCGUAGGUGCAACUGUGUACGCAAAAGUAAUGGAAAGGUCUACACAAAGUUCAACUCUGCCACUGUCAGAUCUGCGAAAGCCAGAAUCGAAAAUCGGGACUACAGUAUCCAGGGGCGAUGUAUGCAUAGCCACAGGCUGGACGCGUCGAGGCCUGGACCAGAUGUUUCAACAAGAAUUUUGGGUCAUGACACAGGGGCGAAGCUCAAGGGGAAGAAGAAUGACAUACUCAAGCUUCGAAACAGCGGAGACACUCAAGAACAAGGUGUCUGCUUGUAGUCGGAUCGGAGGAGUGACAAUCGUCAACGUAGACUUUGACAUGAACUGUGCCAACGAGCACUUUGAACUGCUAAAAGCGGCCAAGGAACAGUGCCAGUCGGGAGACGAACAAGAACAACUUUACUGAAGAAUAAAAGGCUCAAUGGGUGGAACCCAUUGCGUCCACUGGCUUCCGCGCGCCCUCUUGCUUGUCGGAUGAUGGCCUUUUGGACCUCUUUCUGUGAACUGGAUAGC